AUGACCAAGCAUGGCUGUGCGUGUGUGUUCGAAAUAAAUUUUUAUCUUCAGCGACCAAGUGAGAAUACUAUUAGAACAAUCAACAACUAUCAAUGGUGGCAGAGUCGUCGAAUUAAACUAGUUAUAUCUGUUAUUGUUCUCGCAAUAGUCAUCAUUACCCUCUCACUGGUAUUGAAAUUUGUCAUUCUUGCACCGAAGAAGUCGGAAACCACUACGGGUACUACCAUCACCACUGCAUCCACACCAUCGAUAACAACCGAAUUAUACUCAACAGCCACAACCACAACCACAACUCCUACUACCACAACCCCUACUACCACAACAACGUCGAAUGAACAAUCAGUCUGGCGGCAGGCUGGUAAUCUGAAUCAUGCACGAUAUCGACAUGCAGCAUCCGUCUUAACCGAUGGAAAAGUAUUAGUUACUGGUGGAUUUAGUGGUUCAUAUCAGCUAGAUAGUGCUGAGCUAUAUGAUCCAACUACAGACAACUGGACACUUACUGGCAACAUGAAUAUUGAACGAGAACUGCACACAGCAUCUUUAUUGACAAAUGGAAGAGUAUUAGUUGUGGGUGGAGAAUCAGCUCAUGGUUAUACAGAUGUAGCUGAAUUAUAUGAUCCAUCCACAGGUAUGUGGACAGUUAUUGCUACCAUGCAGCAAGCACGUGCAGAACACACCGAAACUGUACUACCGAAUGGGAAAGUGUUAGUUGCUGGCGGUUUCAAUGGUGCUUCUCAUCUAGAUAACGCCGAAUUGUACGAUCCAUCAACAGAAACAUGGACUAACACUAGUGACAUGAACGUUGGACGAGAACAUCACACAGCAUGUGUGCUAAAAGAUGGAAGAGUGUUAGUGGCUGGUGGCGGUAAUCAUCCUUAUGAAAACAGUGCUGAGCUGUAUGAUCCUUUGACCGAAAUAUGGUCAUUUACGGGUAAUAUGACGACUGGGCGCGAAAGGCAUACAGCAACUGUAUUGGAAGAUGGGAAAGUAUUGGUGACUGGUGGAGCACAUGAUCAAAUGAGUAGUGCUGAAUUGUAUGAUCCAGCUACAGAAACAUGGACAGCGAUCAAUGCGAUGAAGCAGACACGAUUUGAUCAUACAGCAUCGGUGCUAGCAAAUGGGAAAGUAUUAAUUGCUGGUGGAUAUAUUGUUGAUGUUCUUGAUAGUGCUGAACUGUACGAUCCAUUCACAGAAAGUUGGAUCGCAGCUGCAAACAUGAAUCAUAUUCGAACUGAUCACGUAGCAUUUGUAUUAGCCAACGGAAAAGUCUUGGUUGCUGGCGGAUAUGAUAAUACGGCCAUGAAUGCCGCAGAACUCUAUGAAUUAUUGUAA